AUGACCAGGCCAAGGUCCAAGAGGCAAUGCUGUGCGAUGUGUCCAAUGGGCAAUUGCGGAUGUGGAAACUGUGCUGGAUUUCCCUCCGUCUCUUGUCCAGAGCAAUGUCAGCCAAUGUGCACACAGGCUUGUGUAAUGGCCAAGACCACAUGUGUGGAUCAAUGCAUGCCGAAAUGUGACAGCGCAUGCAUAAAUCUGGUAAAUUCGGGACCAUCGUGUUCCAGCCAAUGUAUGCCACUAUGCCUUCCGGCUUGCAUUAAUGCAGUUCCUGGCAACGUUGCGUGUUCCCCUCAAUGCAUGCCCAGCUGCUCACAAUCUUGCAUUCAGAGCGUAUUUCCGGAUUGCCCACAACAAUGCCAACCAGUAUGCACCCCUCAAUGCAUUCAGUCCAUUCAAGUGUCGCGUCCCACAUGUGCUCCAUCCUGCAUGCCUAGCUGCCUUCCAUCCUGCAUUCAAGAAUUUGAAGUUACAGUGAAACAAGAGACUUGUGUUUCUGCAUGCAUGCCAUCCUGCACUCCGUCCUGUGUUCAAGCUGUUACUUGCAGUACCUGCACAAAUAACUGCCCGUCGAUCUGCACACAGGCCAACUGUAUCCCAACCUGCAUGCCGAGAUGCCUUCCAUCUUGUAUUCAACAAGUUCAAGUCCCAGUACCAGUUCCAGUUCCAUCGCCAAGAUGUGACACAGCUUGUAUGCCAAGCUGCUCGCCAGGAUGUAUUCAACAGUACAUGAUCUGUCCGCAGCAAUGCAGACCAAUGUGCACGAAUGCCUGUGUUUCACAGGUUACUGUAACCAGACCAGUGCAGACCUGUCUUCCAGCCUGUAUGCCUUCAUGCACAUCGGAAUGUGUACAAGCGAUGUGUCCGCAGCAGUGCUAUCCAAGCUGCGAGAUUAACUGCAUUCAGCAGUACGCUGUCCAGCUCGCCCCCCAGCCAUGUGCCUCCCAGUGUAUGCCAAUGUGUGAAAGCGGUUGUCUGGCCAGGCUAUCCUGUGCGCAGAGCUGCAUGCCUGCCUGCAGCCCAACAUGCGUUCAGGCAUAUGCCCGGGGACCCAUUCAGUGCGCAACACCUUGUAUGCCGUCUUGCCAACCUACAUGUGUUCAACAACAAAAAAAAAUACCGGAAACCCAGAAAUGUUCAGACGCUGAAGUUGUCGUCGCUUGCGGUGUUCCCUGUCAAUGCCAGCCAGGCUAUGUUCAAUGUUCGCAGAACCUCUGCUGCCUCAAGUACAAAAACAUGGCGGCGAAGUUCAGAAAAAUCGCGACGAGUGGUAAUAGUGGAAACGGAGGAAACGGUAGUGGAGGUCAACAUGAAGAUGAUGACAAUGAGGGCUACACUGACCCGAUGAAUGACGCUGUUGAAGCGAAUAAUUCAACUGACGACGUUCAGAAUACCGUACACGUUUAG